UCACUGAUCGGCGAGCAUCACUGUCGACCCUCGCUGUCCAAUGUGGGUCACUGUCGACCCAAUUUCGCCAAAUAGUUUUACUCAUAAUUUUUUUUCUCAUUUCUCAUAUGCAAUCCAUUGCUGUUGACUUCGCUUUCAGUUUUAUGGACAGCUCAACUGGUUGGAUGGGCGGUGGAUAGUGCAACUGGUUGAAUUGAGUCGAAUAAAAAAAAUGUUGAACUUGAUUAAGAGUCCUCCUAUAGAGGCUACCUACCGGUUCUGAGUCCUUUCCUCCUCUCCCCAUCUCCUCUCUCUCUCUCUCUCUCUCUCUCUCUCUAUUUCUUUACUAACCUCUGAUUCCCCCCUUCGGACACUCGUUGACACGGAGUGAGAGAGGAAGAGAGAUGGCAAUCUUCUUCUACAUCUGUUGCGGUGCAGCUUCCCUUUUCCUGUUGUUUCCGUGUCUCUGUGUAUUGAGAAUCUUCAUAGGGAAAUCUCUAGGCAGCAAGGCGUACCCACCUGUGAAAGGAACUAUGUUCCAUUUGCUUAGAUGCUUGGAUAGUCUCUAUGAUUACCAAACAGAAGUUGCUGCCCAUAACAAGACAGUCAGGUACCUUUUCUUCUCCCAGAGCGAAGUCUACACUGCAGACCCGCAGAACAUCGAGUAUAUCCUGAAGACCAACUUUGCUAACUAUGACAAGGGAGGGUAUCAUCAGGAGAUAACGAAGGAUCUUCUUGGAGAUGGUAUUUUUGCAGUGGAUGGUCAGAAAUGGCGUCACCAAAGAAAAGUAGCAAGCUACGAGUUCUCCACCAAGAUGCUGAGAGAUUUAAGCAGCGUCGUUUUUCGGAGGAACGGAGCUGUCCUUGCACAGAAGAUUUCAGAUAAUUUAGAGGCCGAUCAGCCCAUGGAUAUGCAUGAAUUAUUAACUAAAUAUUCCAUGAACACCAUAUUCGAAGUUGGAUUUGGGCUCAAAUUGAAUAUUUUGGAUGGAUCUAAUGAGGAAGCGAUUGCAUUCGCCAAGGCUUUUGAUGAAUCGAACGCUUUGACAUUUCACCGUUACGUUGACUUAUUCUGGAAGGUCGAGAGAUUUUUCAAUGUUGGUACAGAAGCAACACUCAGAAAAAAUAUUGCAGUGAUUGAUGAAUUCAUCUAUAAAAUCAUCAGUUCUAGACGGAAGCAGUACUUGUGCCAUCAAAGUUCAUAUGUGAAGGAAGAUAUUCUGUCAAGGUUCCUUUUGGAAAGUGAGAAGAAUCCGGAGACCAUGAACGAUCGUUACUUGAGGGAUAUCAUUUUGAACUUCAUGUUUGCCGGGAAAGAUACGACUGGGGGCACGCUUUCAUGGUUCAUAUAUUUGCUCUGCAAGCAUCCUCUUAUACAAGAGAAGAUUGCACAGGAGGUCAAGGAAAUAGUUGGUUCUUGUGAAAAAGGACAGUUUACUCAGUUUGUGGAAAAACUUACAGAAGGAGCAUUAGAAAAGCUGCAGUAUCUUCAUGCUGCUUUGAGUGAAACCUUGAGAUUGUACCCUGCAGUCCCCCUUGAUAGACAGUGUGCAUGCGAGGAUGACAUCCUCCCUGAUGGAUUCAAAGUGAAGAAAGGUGAUGGAGUCAACCAUGUAACUUACGCGAUGGGCAGGAUGAAGUACAUCUGGGGCGACGAUGCGGAGGAUUUCAGGCCAGAGAGAUGGCUCCACGAUGGAGUUUUCCGACCAGAAUCCGCUUUCAAAUUUCCAGCAUUUCAUGCUGGUCCACGGACGUGCUUGGGUAAAGAUUUCGCGUAUCGGCAGAUGAAGAUAGUAGCUGCAUUGCUUACCGCUUUCUUUAGAUUCAAUCUAAAGGACCCAUCUAAAGAGGUGACUUACAAAACUAUGCUGACCCUUCACAUUGAUCAGGGCCUUCAUGUCCGCGCAGUUCAUCGGCUUCUUUGAGGCUCAAUUGUCUUAUUCACGAGAGAAUACUGGAGAUAAAAUAUGAAUGUAUGAUCGUAGUGAAACUUUGUUCUUUCCUUGUUUAAAGCAGACUGCUUAAGCUAAGAACUUAAUUGGAUGCAGUACAAGAAUCCCUAGUGAAAACACUAGAGCUGAAAAAUCUUUAGAGA